AGAAGCCAACACGAGAAAAGAUGAAUAGUGGACGGAGCUGGGGAUGUUAUGAACCGAAGCUUCUGCGACGCCCCAGCAGAUUCUAAAUUCUUCUCUCUCUUUCUCCCUCUCCCUGCAAGCAAUCACCAGUUAGGUUUCAUCUUGAUCCUUGCCCAGAAAACCCUUAAUCCUAAUAGCUUUUGAAAUUCUGUUUUUUCUGUCGAAUGCUAUAGCCCAAAUGGGUUCGUCGGAGAUCGAGGUGGUGUCAUCGGACUCUAAAACCCCGAAAAUUCCCGAUAUACCUCCUGUAGUAGACGUGUUUUCUGCCUGUUCUUGUGGGGACUUUGAGAAAUUGAGGUGGUUUGUGGAACAAGAAGGUGCCUCCGUUUCUGUACCUGAUUCCAAUGGCUAUUAUGCUCUCCAAUGGGCAUCCCUUAAUAACUUUCCAGAUAUUGUGCAGUAUCUCAUUAAGCACGGGGCCGAUGUCAACGCUACUGAUCACCUGCAACAGACGGCACUACACUGGGCGGCAGUUCAUGGGGCAACUCCAGUGGCUGAUUUGCUCUUGGAGAACGGUGCUUGGCUUGAGGCUGCUGAUAUACAUGGAUACAGGGCAGUUCACUUUGCUGCUCAAUAUGGACAAACAGCUUUCUUAAAUCACAUCGUUGCAAAGUACAAUGCUGACUUUGAUGUACCUGAUAAUGAGGGGCGAAGUCCUCUUCAUUGGGCUGCUUAUAAGGGGUUUGCUGAUACAAUCCGAUUGCUUCUAUUCCGGGAUGCAUGCCAAGAGAGACAAGAUAAAGAUGGUUGUACGCCGUUGCACUGGGCUGCACUAAGAGGAAAUGCAGAGGUAUGCACUGUGCUUGUACACUCAGGCACAAAGAAAGAACUGGCGGUGAAGGACAAUGCUGGAAAAACUCCUGUACAGCUUGCACAUGAUAAAGGUCAUCGGCAUGUCACCUUUUUCCUUUCUAAUCAACAGAGAGCUCUAAGCAACCGCUGGAGAGACAAAAUUUGUAGUGGGAGGAUGGCAGAUAUCGGUUAUGCUCCCAUUUUAUUUUGUAUUAUAAUCUUUGAAAUGUUCCUCUUCACCAACUCAGUUGUUGCAGGUUCUAGUUUUCAAAAGAUUACUGCUGUUGUCGGUCUUUGGGCUUGGACUGCUUCCCUGGCAGUUGGUUCCUUGAUUAUGUUCUACAGGUGCAGUAGUAAAGAUCCUGGUUAUAUAAAACGACCAGGAGAUUCAGGUGCUCAUAGUGAUGCAGAGGAUCCUUUAUUGAAUAUUGACCUGAACAGCUCCUCUGUUUGGACAGGAAAUUGGUCUCAACUUUGCCCUACCUGCAAGAUAAUAAGAGCUGUCCGAUCUAAGCAUUGCCCUACUUGUAAGCGUUGUGUGGAACUUGACCACCAUUGCCCGUGGAUAUCUAACUGUGUGGGAAAGGUCAGGAAUGUG